CCUGUGUCUCCUCAAUACCGUCCAACUUCCUCUUCUCAUCGUACGAAUAUUUAUCUAAAUAAUCAUUGGAAUACAUUUCCAAUAUCUAUGGAAGCUCGACAUUGUUUCCACUACAUACAGUAUAUGCUUACAUUAUCCAUAACUCUAUUAUUCUAAUAAUAUCCUGAUUCUACGCAUAGCCAAUUAGGACUUAUUGCGAACUUGCUUUGUGCUAGUUUGUGUAUGCUGUUUCUUACUAGCGAGUAGGUUCGUUAUUCAACACCCGUUAGAUUUACGUAGAUCUCUUGCUGCUUUGUGUCGCAGCGUCGUAGCCGUGUGGAAUCGUAUACAUGCACGUCACGGUCUGUUGAAAAUUCUGAUGCUGCAGACAAGUUCCUCAAAGCAGGAACAAAUAGAUUGUCGUAUCUAUUCGAGUAGGUGAAUUUUUUGGCAAUCAGUAGUUCUGUUCGAUGCAUCGACUCCGUACUGAAUUAGUUAAUGUAGAAUUUGAUGAGGAUCGAGUAUAGAUAUAGAUACGAUCCUGAAGGCUGAGAGCACGAUUGCGCGCGUGCUUGAUCUGGCUGUCACGUUCUGUCAAGCUCGGUCGUCACCCUGUGCUCAUCAGCCAUGCUCUGUCUAACUGUAAAAAGCAUCGAUACCGACCAUUGAACGCGGCCCGGCGCGGUUCCGAGCGGUUGCGGGAAGAGGAGCCAGGGCCGCUUUGAAUAUCGCGAUCAAACAUGCACUGUAUCUUCCCCGAUCCAACGGCUGAUACGGGUGUGUCUACACGCGUGUUCCGAUACGUGACCAAGUAUGUCAGUCGUUUCGUAAAAGUGUCAGUGUACCGUAGUCGCGGCGAGAAUUGAGGUACCGGUAAGCUGAAAUUUCGCGACGAUGUCAGCUGACAUCCUGCAGGACAGGAGCGUGGCCUUGAACGGCAAGAACGACGUACCGGUAAUCGCACAGCCGACUACCAGGGGUGGCUUCAGGGUCUACAAGAUCGUCGUCCUCGGCGACGGUGGUGUAGGAAAAUCCGCGGUCACCCUGCAGUUUGUCAGUCAUAGCUUUCUUGAUUAUCACGAUCCAACGAUAGAGGAUUCCUAUCGGCAACAAGCCGUCAUAGACGGCGAGGCUGCACUUUUAGAUAUAUUGGAUACUGCUGGACAGGUGGAAUUCACGGCGAUGCGUGAUCAGUACAUGAGAUGUGGAGAGGGUUUUAUGAUAUGUUACUCUGUAACUGAUAGGCACAGCUUCCAGGAAGCCUUGGAGUAUAGGAAGUUGAUAACGCGUGUAAGAGCUAACGAAGAUAUACCGAUGGUGUUAGUUGGGAAUAAAUUCGAUCUGCAACACCAGAGAAAGGUAAGCACUGAAGAGGGGAAGGCACUUGCUGAACAACUCGGUUGCCCUUUCUAUGAAACGUCUGCAGCGCUUAGACAAUUUAUAGACGAUGCAUUUUACUCGUUAGUCAGGCAGAUCCGAGCUAAAGAGAGGUCGAGGAAUUCAGUACGUAAACACAGUCGUUGGUGGCGGCUCCGUUCAAUUUUCGCGUUUAUUUUUAGAAGAAAGCAAAGACACAUUAAUCAUUAUUCCCCUUGAAUAUAAUUACUUUGGUAGAGACUCUUUUGAUAGUCUUUUUUUAAAUUAACAGAACAAGGCAAUAUACAUAUAUAUGCAGUUUGGAAUUCUACAGUUUACACAACGAAGGAAAGAUUUUUAUUCAGUUUUUUUUAUAUCUUGUAAUAGUCUCUGAUGUAGGGAUACGUUAACAUUACACUGCCUUAUCUUUAACCCCGUUAUAUUUUGAAUAUAGAAAUGGAGACACGGAGCGUGUAUAGACUGCAAUACAUACGUAGCUUUUAAUUGCCUUACGAUUUCGAUUAAACGAAAUACGCUAAAAACAAGGAAUAAUUGAAACUCUUCAAGUUUCUAGUAUUAGUUGUCUAUAAAUUCCUGUCUCCAGGCACUCUAAUAAUUCAUCGUUAUUUAUUAUUUCUCUCGAGUCGAGAUUUAAAUUACUGAUUUACAACUGUUAUUUUUUAUGUGACCAAAGAUUUUAAUAUACGUAAAACACUAAAGCGACACAAGGUAUUAAAUGUAAAUGCAGAAUAUUUUGUAAAUGGAAAGCUUUAGGCUGCUGAAUUGUUAUAUAUCGUUCUAAUCGAUGAGAUGUAUUUAACAACUUAUUUAUGCUUAUUUAACUUGUGCAGAAAUAACAAAGUAUAUGAACGUUAUAAUGAUUUGCAAAGUUUACAGAUGUUACAUAUAUUUAAAGCUCGCACAAAUUAAAGUAUUUCCCAAUCAAAAAUAAUAUUUAUAGAUGUAUAUUUUUAUGUUUAAAAGUUAAAUGAUAUUGAUUGUUACGCUGAAAGUUAAAGAGAAGAUAUUUUAAAACGGCUUCUACCGAUGAAUAGAAUUUUCAAUAGCAUACAGUUAACAUAAUCAAUUACCAGUUUUAAUUAACGAUAUUUAUUGAUACUUUUAACACCCGCAGCUUGCGAAUACGUGAUUUCGUUUUUAGAGCAUAUACGUUGUAGACUAAGUUUAGUUGUAAACUGAUAGAAUUACAAUAGGAUAGCGUUAGGUAGUAACCAGAUGAUACCAACAAAUUUACGAUGACAGGUAGUCACGGUAUAAAAAAUGAGAAAUGCUUAAACGUAAGUUUAUAUGCUAAACAUCUAGUCGUUACUUAAUGUCUCCUAGUCAAAUUUUGCAUUUCGUUAAACAUGCAAUAAUUUACGAUUUACAUGCAGAGUUACGAAUUUCGAUCGAACACAGUUUAACGUGAUCGUUUAUGUUACAAAUAAUAUUUAUGAACGUUGGUAUUGCAAUUGUUAAAGAGAAAUCAAUUAUGCUAAUUAUGAUCAAUUUAUUUGCAAGAACAACCGUCGAGUAUUAUAGUUGAAAUUCAUGAUCAACGAUGGACACCUUUGUACCAAAACAGUAGAGAGUGUUAACAAAUUAGCUAUAGCGAUUGUAUGUGUAAUAUAAAAUCCGUAUCCGUAUAAUACAUAUUUGAAGUACGUAAAAUGUGUUUAAGGAUGUAUUGGCUAUACAGUGAAUCCCAAAAGUUUAU